GGAGGGAGCGGCGGCGCGCGGGCGGUUGGGCCAAGUUGGGCUUGCCGCGGACAAGGCUGUGCUUCGCGUCCACGGACGCUGCGGGCUGAAGGAAGUCAUGGCUGGGACCCCCGCACCGAACAGCCACAGGAAGCAGAGCGGCGGCCCGGCGCCUCUCCCUGGCCUAUCGCGGGCCUUCGAGAACCCUCCGAGCAAGCGGGCCCGGAGCGUCUCUGAGACCACGGUCCCGGACCCCGAAGACCCAUUCGGCGCGCACGCGGAAUUCACCGCCGACGACCUAGAGGAACUCGACAUCCUCGCGUCACAGGCCCUGAGCCAGUGUCCGGUCGCGCCUCGGAACCUGUCCAGUGCUGAUAAGAUUCACCAAUUAGAUGGGUUAUCAAAUAGUCCUAUGAGGAAAAACAGAGAAAACAUUCCAGUUAAAGAUAAUUUUGAAUUAGAAGUACUUCAGAUACAAUACAAAGAACUUAAAGAAAAGCUGAAAUCAAUGGAAGAAGAAGUCCUAAUUAAGAAUGGAGAAAUUAAAAUUUUGCGUGACUCGCUGCAUCAGACAGAAUCCAUUCUAGAAGAACAGAGAAGAUCACAUUUCCUUCUUGAGCAAGAGAAGACUCAAGCACUCAACGAAAAAGAAAAGGAGUUCUCUAAAAAGCUUCAAUCAUUGCAAUCUGAACUCCAGUUUAAAGAUGCAGAAAUGAAUGAAUUAAGAACAAAGCUGCAGAGCAAUGAACGGACAAGCAAACUCGCUGCCCCCUCCAUUUCCCACCUCAGUCCUAGGAAAGGCUCUUCUGUGGUUAUAAAGUCAGAAGCAUGUUCUCCACGUGUUGGAAAAUCAGCUUUCCCUACAAAGGAAUCUUUUAGUGCUAACAUGCCAUUCUCCCAUCCCUGCCAGACUGAAGCAGCACACAAAUUUCUGGUGGAACAAGAGGUUUCAGAUCAUAAACCCCACAGUCUGAGAGGUAGCCCCACGAAGCAAGAUGUGCAGCAGAAAACUCUCUCUGACAGCUGGAUGCAGAGAUCAAACAGUCAAGGUUCUAUUUUGAUAAACCUGCUCCUGAAGCAACCUUUGGUCCCAGGGUCAUCUCUAGGUCUUUGUCACCUCCUGAGCAGUUGUUCCGAGGUUCCUACUGGCACCCUCUUGCAGCCACCAGGGCUCAGUAGUACCUUGGCUGGGAUUUCAGGCCUCAGGACCAUCAGUUCUCGUGAUGGGUCAUUUUCCCCCUCUGCCUUGAGAGAAGCACAGAACUUGGCAUUCACUGGAUUAAAUCUGGUUGCCAGGAGUGAGAACUCACAUGAUGAAGACCUUGCAAAGGGCAGCAGGAGAGUCUUCCCGCUCGGCCAGCUUCCUGGAGCUGUGCACCUCCUCCCACUUGUACAGUUUUUCAUCGGCUUACACUGCCAGGCUCUGCAAGAUUUAACUCUAGCUAAGAAGAGUGGGGUGCCUGGGGACUGUCCGACACAUACCUCCUGUGUGAGCUCUGGGGUAGAGGCCAGCCCAGAGGACUUGCUCUGUCACCUGGAAAGCUUCUCUGUGGCCUCACUUAGCCUCCUUCAGCACCUGGUAUGCCACAGCGGGGCAGUUGUCUGCCUAUUACUGUCAGACUUGGGGACAGAUGCCACUGCCAGGGAAGGAAACCCAGUUCAGACUUGUGCAGAUACGACCUCAACCUCCAGGGAGGAUGCUCAUGACCAAAAACAGCAUCCACUAUUGACGAUGCUUCUUCAACUGGUGGCUUUCUCUUCUACAGCAUCAGGUCAUUUUCAAGCCAGUGUCCUGAGCCAGUGCCUCAAAGUUUUGGUGAAAUUAGCUGAAAAUGCUUCCUCUGAUUUCUUGCCCAGGUUCUCCUGUGUGUUGCCGAUGUUGCCACAGUGCCUCAGCUCAGAGCUGCCACUGCCAUGUGUGCUGCUAGCUGUGGAGCUGCUCUCUGUUCUGGUGGACCAUGACAGCCUUGCGCAGCAGCUGUGCUCCAACUCAGAAGGCUGCCUUCUCCUGAGGCUGUACAUGUACAUUACAUCAAGGCCUGACAAAGUGGCCUCAGAGACACAGUGGCUUCAGCUGGAACAAGAGGUGGUAUGGCUCUUGGCCAAGCUGAGUGUGCAGAGCCCUUUCCCGCCAGGCAUUGGUUCUGACUGCCAAUGCAACGUAGAGGCAGUCAGAGUGCUCACCGUGAUGCUGCACAGACAAUGGCUGACUGUGCGGCGGGCAGGGGGUCCAAGGACCCGCCAGCAGAAGCAGACAGUACGCUGUCUGCGAGAUACUGUGUUGCUGCUGCAUAGCCUAUCUCAGAAGGACAAGCUCUUUACUGUGCAUUGUGUAGAGGUCCUGCAUCAGUAUGACCAGGUGAUGCCAGGGGUCAGUAUGCUGAUUCGAGCCCUUCCUGAUGUGACUGACUGUGAAGGUAAGCCAGCAAGGGGACCCUGUCCUAGCCUUCAUGUGCCUAUACCUGAGGCUCAUGAACUGUCAGACUCCUUUGCUGGACUUCGGUGGGUCUCCCCCACCACCAGAGCCAUUCCUGCCACUGUGGACAUUACCUUCCUGCCUGGUUCUUUGAGUAUGCUAGGCUGUCCUUUGAUAAUGUCUAUUGAAUUGUCCUAGCUGAGCCAUGGUUUUUCUAGAAAUAUCUGUCCGAAUUGCUUUUGUAUCACUUUUGCCCACAGUAGCUGAGGGAGCAAAGCCUGGGUAUGGAAGAGACUGGUUAGUUCCCGUGUUGUUAGGGGAGGAUGGGUAGAACUCCCGAGCCUCAGCACCAUCAGGCUUAACCUCAGAACCCUCUUCCUUUUGGCUCAGAGGCAGCCCUGGAUGACCUCUGUGCUGCGGAGACAGAUUUGGAAGACUCUGAAAUGGACUGUAGCUGAGGGCCUGAGAGUCCGGCCACAAGGUGGCACCAGCUCCCACCACUGUCUUUGCCUAUCCACUGAUUAAAACUGCAGUUCCUGCUGAGGACAACA